ACUAGCAGCAUGGCUGACCAGCUGACUGAAGAGCAGAUUGCAGAAUUCAAAGCAGCUUUUUCACUAUUUGACAAGGAUGGUGAUGGGACUAUUACAACAAAGGAAUUGGGAACUGUAACAAGGUCUCUUGGGCAGAAUCCCACAGAAGCAGAGUUACAGGACAUGAUUAAUGAAGUAGAUGCUGAUGGUAAUGACACAAUUGACUUCCCAGAAUUUCUGGCAAUGAUGGCAAGAAAAAUGAAAGACACAGACAGUGAAGAAGAAAUUAGAGAAGCAUUACGUGUGUUUAAUAAGGAUGGCAAUGGCUACAUCACUGCAGCAGAGCUUCACCAUGUGAUGACAAACCUUGGAGAGAAUUUAACAGAUGAAGAGGUUGAUGAAAUGAUCAGAGAAGCAGAUAUUGAUGGUGAUGGUCAAGUAAACUAUAAAGAGUUUGUACAAAUGAUGACAGCAAAGUGAAGGCAUUGUACAGAAUGUGUUAAAUUUCUUGUACAAAAUUGUUUAUUUGCCUUUUCUUUGUUUGUAACUUAUCUGUAAAAGGUUUCCCCUACUGUAAAAAAAAUAUGCAUGUAUAGUAAUUAGGACUUCAUUCCUCCAUAUUUUCUUCCCUUAU